AUGGUACUUGGACUAUUUUUUCUUACUGUCUUUGUCGUCAAUGUCUUGACGAUUUUUGGUCAAAAUAAUAAUGUGACAACACAUGUAGUUGUUACAAACACUACUAUCGUUUGUCCAUCGACUGAUAUUGAUACUUUACAUCAAGCAAAUAUCGAAUUGAAGAAAACUAUUAUUCAGAUGUGGAAUGCUCUGAAUGCUCGAUUAGAUAUCUUGGAAAGUCGUCUUUCCUGUUUAUCCAAUUGUUCAGAGUCUGAAGUGAGUAAUUCAACAAUAACUCCUUCGAUUCUUAGAUUAGCAGAAAAAAUCUAUCAAAAUUUAACUAUUGAUGGUAAUUGGAGAAUUCUUUAUGAUCAACCUUACAGCCAUCGUACAACCAGAACUAACCUAUUAGAUGCUGCAAAAUCAUGUUCGAAUCAAGUUCUCGUUGGAGCACGUCGUAAUGCUACUAUUCCAGAACUUGAAUUAGCUGCUGUCGGACCAGUCAAUGUUCUUCAACAACAAACUGUUGUGAACAUACCAGUGAAAUAUGGUGAUGUAUAUUGGUAUUCGACGACACCUAAAUCCUUCGGUUUCACUCCCAAUAAUAUAGUUUUACAAGAUUUCGCUGAUACUAGUAAUUCAUUUCCAGCGUUACGUCUUAGCUGGCACUUAGAUCAGUCUCAUGGUGGCUACAGAGUCGGAUCAAAAGUUGACCUCAAUGACAAUGCAAUAUGGCGAAAAGUUAUUUAUUGCUUGGAUUAA